GGCUCUUCCUUAUAGUAAUUCCAACUCUUAAACAUUCUACUUGUUUUUUUUGGUUUUCUCUCUUUGUUAAUUAAGACCAUAAACAUUCUCCUAGUUGACUUCAUGGAUAUUCCUUCCCUCCAGGUUCUAAUAACCCUUGCUCUUUUUGCUUCCUCAGUCAUUCUCUACUAUGCACUGCUCAGAAAAAAGAGCAAGCCGACUCGUAUUACCCCUGGAGUUCAAGCUCCUGAGCCGGAGGGUGCAUGGCCAAUUAUAGGCCACCUCCACCUCCUCGGCGGCGGUGAUCAGCUCCUCUACCGGACCCUCGGCGCUAUGGCCGACAACUACGGCCCCGCGUUCAACAUCCGACUCGGAAGCCGCCGCGCAUUCGUCGUGAACAGCUGGGAUGUGGCCAAGGACUGCUUCACUGCCAACGACAAGGCGCUGGCUUCCCGCCCCACCACCGUCGCCGCCAAGCACAUGGGUUACAACUACGCCGUCUUCGGCUUCGCGCCCUACAGCCCUUUCUGGCGCGAGAUGCGGAAGAUCGCCACCCUCGAGCUCCUCUCCAACCGGCGCCUCGAGAUGCUCAAGCACGUCAGGAUCUCCGAGAUCGACACCGGGAUCCAGGACCUGUACGACAGGGUCCAAAACGGCGCGCAUCCCGUCGUCGUUGAGCUGAGCCGGUGGUUGGACGAGCUGACGCUCAACAUGGUGGUGAGGAUGGUGGCAGGAAAGCGGUAUUUCGGGGCGUUGGCCGAGUGCAACGGGGACGAGGCGCAGCGAUGCCAGAAGGCGAUCUGUGAGUUUUUUCAUUUGAUAGGGAUAUUUGUGGUGUCGGACGCGCUUCCGUUUCUGUGGUGGCUGGAUUUGCAUGGCCAUGAGAGGGCGAUGAAGAGGACGGCCAAGGAGUUGGAUGCUAUUCUUGGAGGGUGGCUGGAGGAGCAUCGUCGGAGGAGGGCUUCUAAAAUGGCUGAUUCAGAUCAGGACUUCAUUGACGUUAUGUUGUCGCUUCAGGAAGGAGGAGAGCUUUCCAAUUUUCAGUAUGAUGCGGAUAUUAGCAUCAAGUCUACAUGUCUG